AUGAAGUCGCAUACUCUGGCUGCAAAAGUCGUCUUUCUCUUCGGAGAUCAAGUUGACUCAUGGCACAAUGGCCUCCAACAUGUCAUCAAAGCAGCCGGGUCAACUCCAUGGCUACAAUCAUACUUGGACGACUUGAGCACUGCGAUAAAGGCAGAAAUCGCAGAAGCUGCACUUGACAACGCAUUACAAGCCAGUCUGGGCACCUUUACGAGCCUUCUUGAGCUAGGCGAGAGAUACCGCCACAGCUCAGAUGACUUGGGUAUGGCGCAAUGCCUCCUCUUACACGCAGUUCGAUCUUCUCUUUUCCUACAGAUGGCCAAGCAGUCGCCGCAAAUUCUGAGUCCGGAAUCGCAAACAGAGUGGCUGGGGAUAUCUGGUGGCCUCAUUAGCUUGUCACCCCGAUUUGUCGCCGAAGACUUUGAGACGUUGCGCGAGGCCUCAAUCGAAAUUGGUCGCCUGUUUGUAAGACUGUGCAAGUUGGUGUCAGUUCGAUCUAGAGCAAUCGAGGACAACACUGGUGUCUGGGGCUGGGCCAUUUUAGGCGUAUCAAAAGAUGAGCUCCGCAAGGGACUCGAUAAAUUUCAGCAAAAUAUGCGAAUUCCGGCAAUAAAAAGGGCUCAAGUUGGAGUUACUGGACCUGGAUGGAGUACAAUCAUCGGGCCACCAUCAGUUCUAGAUCUCUGUAUCAAGCAAUGCCCUGCCAUUGCAACUGCCACAAAGAACCCUCUGAAUAUCCACGCUUUACAACACACAUUGACGAUCACGCAAGCAGAUCUCGACUACAUUGUCGGUAACUCUCAACUAAUGAGUCGAGCACUUCGUCACAUAAACCCCCGGUUAUGGGGAAUGGACGAUCCUGAAGCCACAUAUCAGAAUUGGGGAGACAUGUUGCGAGCCAUCUGCUCACAGGUGCUCUCCCUUUCACUGGACAUUCCAGAGGCUGUGGCAAAGCUUAGUGCUUCUCUCGGGGGGUGUGAUUCAGUCCAGGUUAUCCAGAUGGACAAUACUAGCCACGGUCCUUUCGUGUCAACUGCAUUGAAAGCUCCGGGGCGCAAGGCGACUCUUCUAGAAACACACUCGUAUCUCCAGACACAAUUCCAAGGGACGGAACCACCGCAAAAGACCGGUCGGAUAGCCAUUGUUGGCAUGUCGGGGCGCGGUCCGAGGAGUGACAAUGUUGACGAGUUUUGGGACGUGAUCAUGCAGAAGCAAGAUACUUGCACCGAAGUACCCAAAGACCGCUUCGAUAUAGACGAGUUCUAUUGCGAAGAACACGGGAAAGGAAACAAAGUGUGCACCAUGACUACAAAGUACGGCUGUUUUAUGGACAAGCCGGGCCACUUUGACGCUCGAUUCUUCCACAUCUCGCCUCGGGAAUCCAUGCUCAUGGACCCCGGCCAUCGACACUUCCUGAUGAGCAGCUAUGAAGCAUUGGAAAUGGCUGGCUAUUCAGACGGACCGACGAAAUUGACGGAUUCAAACAGAAUCGCCGCGUUCUACGGCCAAGUUACCGACGACUGGCACGAUCAAAGUCAUCCAACACUGGGUUGCGAUGCCUACACUCUCCAGGGAGUCCAACGUGCGUUUAGCUCUGGACGGCUUGCAUGGCAGUUCAAAUGGGAGGGUCCUACGUAUUCACUAGAUUCUGCGUGCGCGUCUACGACGGCAGCGAUACAUCUAGCCUGCAUGAGCUUACUUUCCAACGAUAUCGACAUGGCCGUCGCGGGAGCUAGUAAUAUCCUCAACUACCCUCACUCGUUCGCCUGUCUCAGCAAGUCUGGCGUUUUAUCAGACACUGGAAAUUGUAAACCCUAUCGAGAUGAUGCUGAUGGCUAUUGCCGUGCCGAUUUCGUGGGCUCGGUUGUACUUAAGCGUCUUGAGGACGCAGUUGCGGACAAUGACAACAUCCUCGCCGUCAUAGCAUCAUCCGGAAGGAAUCACUCUGGAAACUCUACAUCCAUCACGUCCUCCGAUCCUGGUGCCCAGGAAAGACUGUUUCACAAGGUCUUGCGAAACGCAAAUGUCUCUCCGGACGAUAUCUCUUACGUGGAAAUGCAUGGAACAGGAACACCUGUCGGGGAUCCUGCUGAGAUGAGUGCCGUUGGUAACGUCUUCAAACACAGACGACGAGCUGAUGGACCUCUUCCUGUCGGGGCAGUUAAAGCAAAUUUCGGCCACAGUGAAGGAGCUGCCGGAAUGGCUUCUCUCCUCAAAUGCAUCAUGAUGUUCAAGACGGACACGGUACCUCCUCAGGCGGGUAUGCCACACGCCCUCAACCCCAACUUCCCGCCGUUGUCGGAACUGAAUGUUGAGAUACCGGCUGAACCGAAAGAGUUCAAGAAGACGAGGUCUGGUGAACCAAGACGCAUUCUUCUCAACAAUUUUGAUGCAGCUGGUGGCAAUGCUUGCUUGCUUCUUGAAGAUUGGGAUGGGAGGCAUUCGCCCAUGGCUAAGUUGGAAGACACAACCGACAUUCGUUCUAGUCAUGUUGUAACUAUGUCGUCUCGGACGCAAGCCGCACAUAAAGCCAACAAGCAGAACUUGUUGACCUGGCUUCGGGAAAAUACAACUGCUCGACUUGCUGAUAUUGCGUACACUACUACCGCUAGAAGGAUGCAUCAUCCCAUCAGGUCGGCGUACACUGCAAGCACGACCGAAGAACUCAUUGCCAGAGUAGAGGCUUCGAUUCAAGUUUCAGAGUCGUCAUCACUCACAUCACCGCAGACUCCCAUCAUUUUUGUUUUCUCUGGCCAAGGAUCGCAUUAUGCCGGCAUGGGAAGCGAUCUGUAUCAGACUAGCCCUUCAUUUCGUGAGACCGUCGAUCUCUGCGGGCAUGUAGCCAAGAUUCACGGCUUUCCAUCGUUCAUUGACCUGAUUACCGACAAGAACAUUGAUAUGUCAAACAAGUCCACGAUACAAACGCAGCUGGCAGUGUUGACUCUGGAGAUCGGCCUUGCUGCUUUCUGGAAAGCGGCUGGUGUGCAGCCUUCCGCGGUCAUGGGCCAUUCUCUUGGUGAGUAUGCCGCUCUUCACGUUGCGGGAGUACUAUCUCUAGCGGAUAUGCUGUAUCUUGUUGGCCACAGGGCUUCUCUGCUCUUGGAAAGGUGCGAGGAAAAUGGAUUCACCAUGCUGGCUGUUGCCAUGUCUGCAAAGGAGACACAAGAGCUUCUGGAUUCGAACAAGGAGUUCUCAUCUUGCGGUAUAGCGUGCUUCAAUGGUCCAAAUGCUACAGUUAUUAGUGGCGAGGCUCAAGAUAUUAGCCAUCUCCAAGGUCGCGUGCCAAAAGCUUCGAAACUCCUUCCGGUGCCGUAUGGCUUUCACUCGUUCCAGAUGGACUCCAUCAUUUCUGAAUUCAGCACUCUUGCAGAUGGUGUCACCUUUUCCGAACCCAAGAUUCCAGUUGCCUCCACGUUGUUAGGGUCUAUGAUUGAAACGAAAGGUAUAAUCAACGGCGUCUAUUUGGCGCAGCAGACUCGCCAACCGGUCGACUUUAUUGGCGGCUUGAAUGCGAUCAAGCAGAAGUUCAAUGAUCCCAUCUGGCUUGAAAUUGGGCCUAACCAGGUCUGUACUCAGUUCGUGCGAGCAUCUUCAAGUUCGUCUUCUCCCACCAUUAAGAUAUUGUCGACGCUUGACGGUCCACGUCGCGACUGGAUGUCAAUUGACAAGUGCAUGGCAAUGCUGUACACGCAGGGUAUUGCAAUUGACUGGCUCGCUCUCCACAAACCUUUCAUGCAUUCCUUGAAGGUGGUGACUCUGCCAGCAUACGCAUGGGAUACGAAGGACUAUUGGAUUACUUAUUCAGAAGCCAAGGCUAUCCAGGGUACUACAUCAACUACCGAAGCCAUCAAACAAGAAAUCAUUUCAACAUUUGCGCAGACCAUUGUUAAAGAGUCUUCUUCUAAUUCGGGAAAGCUGGAAAUAACAUUCCGUGCUUCACUUACAGACGAGAAUCUACAAGCUGUUAUGGAAGGACACCGGAUGGAACAGCUACCAAUAUGUCCAGGCAGUGGCUUCUGCGAGGCUGCCUUCGCUUCAGCGGCGUAUGUCCUAGAGUCCAUAGGCAGAAGUGAGGAUGCAACAGUGACAAAACUGAGGCUUCGGCAUCCAGUGAUGCAUCGCCCACUGACCAAGAACCUUGUCGGCCCUGAUGGACAGCUCUUCACCACGAUCACCAUGGAAAGCAAAGACAGCAACAACAUCCACGUCUCAUGGAAAGCUUCCGCUUCUGGGCGAAACUCUUCAAUGGUCGAGCUCGGAACAUGUACUCUAGUAGUGCAAAAGGACGUCAGGGCUCUCCAAGCCACUUGGGAUAGAACUGCCUACCUUGUCAAGGACAGGAUGGACAGCAUUAUAAAGUCCGCUGAGGAUGGUCAGGGCCACUGGCUCAAGCACGACAUCUUUUAUUCUCUGUUUGCAACGACCGUCCAAUAUGAUCCGCUCUACAAAUGUACCAAGAUGGCAUACAUUUCGAAUGACUUUUCUGAAGCUGUUGCGGAAGUUGUCCUCCAGGACAAUCCUGGUGAAGCCAAGUUUAUAGCCUCUCCUUAUUGGGGUGAGGGUGUAGUUCACAUUGCAGGCUUUGUGGUCAACGCAAACCCCUUGAGGAGUCCUGGCACAUGUUUCAUAAACUCUGGCUUUGAAAGCUUUGAGCAAACGGUGGAGUUUAGGGCUGGAAAGUCGUACUUUGCAUACGCUCGUGCCCAUCAGGUAGAAGAGGGGAGAAAGAUCUGUCAAGUAUUCGUGUUUGACUCGGAUGGUAAGAUUGUGGCCCAGUGUUGCAAUCUGAAUUUUGUCAGAAUCAGCAACGCCCUACUACAGCAUAAUCUCUCAGAGGGGGCGGCAAAGCCUACAAGCCGUGGCAUGGUCAAGCAGGAGAAGGAAGUGCCCGCGACCACCGAAGCCGUCAAGCAGCCUGGAAAGGAGGAAUCGAGACACUCUGUCGAUACGCCGAGUUUCUCUGACGUUUUGAUCAAGACGAUUGUGUCGGAAACGGGUCUUGAUGCAUCUGAGUUGACUGAUGACACUGUUGUCGCCGAGCUUGGUGUUGAUUCCAUCAUGUCCAUUGAGAUUGCCAACAAGGUGUCUAAUGCGACGGGUGAGCAGCUGACGCCCAUGUUUUUGCAUGAGUACCCUACGAUUGGUGAUAUAAAACGAGCAUUUGACAUCCUGACACCUGUUUCUUCUGAGUCUGAUGCUGAGUUGACCGAAGAGUAUGACCUUCUUGAAGACACUAUGACGGAAGAAGCUGCUGUACAUGUGCCGUCACCAAGUUCAACUUCACUUCAAGCCGUCACAAACACGACUUUGGCGAGGAAUAUAAGUCCGCCUCAGCAAUCAGUGUCUAUCGAAGACGGCCCUGAGCCCGCCGUCAGGUUUACACUGCUACAUGGUCGUGCGCCCAAGCGCGUUCAAGACCAGCAAGCAUCACCAGCACCAUUUUAUCUGAUUGCUGAUGGCACAGGCUCAAUAGCCACUUACCUUCAUCUCCCUCCUCACAUCAACACCAAGAUGACCAUUUACGGUGUCGACUCACCGUACCUUCACUGCCCGAGCAGGCUGACACCAGAUGUUGGUAUCCCGGGCAUUGCGAAGCUCAUUGUAGACGAACUGGUCAAGAGGCAACCCCAAGGAGUUCCAUUCUGGCUGGGAGGAUUUUCAGGAGGCGCCAUGAUUGCUUACGAUGUUUCCCGCCAGCUAUCCGCUCUUGGUCAUGUUGUUGAAAGCCUCCUCCUCAUCGACAUGUGUCCGCCGCGUCAAAUACAGGCGCAAAAGUACGACGACGAGGUCGGUUUGGCCAUGUUUGACGCCAUUUCCGGCAAUGACGAUAGCGGUGUAUGGGAGUCUUCUGACAAGACACACCGACAUCUAAAGGCGUUAUUUGCGUCCGUUUCCGCCUAUAAUCCACCCCCUUUGUCAGAGGGAGAGAGUCCCCCGGCUAAACGCGUAGCUCUCAUCUGGGCGCAAAAGGGUAUGAUUGACCGUUGUGUCAACAGUCCUCGCUUUAGACAGAUUCUGGCGGAUCGUGGGUUAGUCAUUGAAUCUUAUCCGGGGUUCAUGGAGGACCCCAAGUUGGGCCCCGUGGCAUGGAGUCUUAUACACAAGACUGAGUCGGACCUUGGUCCCAAUGGCUGGGAGAAGUUUGUGGGACGCGAUGAGUUGUUGUGUAUGGCUGUUGAGGCUGAUCAUUUGGAGUUGCCUACGCCUGACUUUGUGCAUUUGCUUGGUGAGAAGAUGGACAGGGCGUUUGAGCACUUUGGACGAUGA